CCCUCCUGCGUGCUACCUUUUCCAUCAUGCUAGCCUAAACAACUGUGUUUUGGGAUUAAAAACGACUAUAUGUAUUGAUUCGGGGAAGUCUGUAGCUAGCGACAAGCAUCUGACAGGUGUGACGUCUUUGCUUUUUCACUGUCACCACGAAUUUCACAUUAAUUAUCACUGAAAGAGAACAAACUGACCCUGAUACUAGAGGCUAACAAAACUAGCAUACCAUGCAGAGGUGCACAGCACUUUUAAAAAUAGAGGCGAUAAUCAAACACCAGCCGAGCUAAGACAACCCAUGACGGACAUUACAGUAGCCAACGUGAGCCAAUAUUUACUCACACUUUACAGCUGUUAUGUACGCGUUUUUAUUCCUGUUAUACCUGCAUAUCUGGACUGUCUCCUCUAGCAGACAAACUGUCAAACAACUCGAGGGCACUGUUAAGAGAUGAGUCACGGACAGUGGAGGAUACAGCUCGUCUACCCUUUCUAGAUCACCACAUGGUGCUGCUGCUCCACAUUUUGUGAUAUUGUUGCUGCAGCUGUGGUGAAAUUAGCCCCCAGCCUCAGUAUGGCUGUCUGUGUGAAGGCACUGUUUUGUCCUGGUGUGGAGAGGAAGCUACUCAAGAUGCUGCUUGCCAGCUGUAUGACCUGCACACGGACGUACGAGCCAUUUUUUGGGAACUUUAAUCCAAAGCGCCUUUGCAGCACCGUCAGUCCUUUCUUCUCCAGAACAGGUGGGACCCUGAACCUUGGUAGUGCUCGUAUAGAACUCUUCCCACUGAAAAACAAUGUGCCAUUUGGAAGUAGGAAACAAGGAUUAAUCAGCAGAAGUUACAGUGGUAUUAGUACACAUGUACUCUGCAGUAAAGCACUGCCUUAUUCAAGAUACCACCCCAAAAGAUCUCAGCACACUGUGGAGAGACAGGGGAGUCUGCUGCAGGGAGGUGCAUCAUUUCCUGUGUCCUUUGUCCGUCACAGAGUGACAGAAAUCCCUGUGUCCAGUGUGUCUCCAGCGUUUGUUGUGAUGAAGUUUGAUCAAGAGGGAAAUGUAACAUCUUUCGAGAAAAAGAAAACAGAGCUUUGCCAAGAGCUAGGUCUUCAGGCCAGAGACCUUCGCUUCCAGCACAGUACCAGCCUCACUGCUAGAAACAACUGCAUCAUCAUAAGAAUGGAGUUUUUAAAAGCCAUCGUGACCCCACAGUCCCUGCUGGUGUUGGAUUUUCGAGGUCUUGGUUUGGAGCGUUGGUUGGUACUGGAGCUGGCCCCUCAGCUAGCGUCACAGACACUCUCUCUGCCCUUUGAGUUCAGAGCUCUAGAGGCCAUACUGCAGCACAAGGUAAACACACUGCAAGCUCGCCUGAAUGAUGUCGAACCAGCAAUGUUGGACACCUUGGAAUCACUAGUGGAUCCUAAAAUCCUUUCUGCUGAUAGAAGUAAACUCCAUAUACUGCUUCAGAACAGCAAGAGCUUAUCAGAGUUGGAGACGGACAUAAAGGUUUUUAAGGAUUCCUUGCUGAAAAUUUUGGAUGAGGAUGAGAUCAUUGAGGAAUUCUGUCUCACCAAGUGGACGGACCCAAGAGUUUUCGAGGAGAGCAGUUUAGGCAUUGAUCAUGCUGAGGAAAUGGAACUGUUAUUGGAAAAUUAUUAUAUGCAGGCUGAAGAGCUGGGGAACAAGGCCAGGGAGCUGAAAGGGUUAAUAGAUGACUCAGAGAGUGUUAUCUUUAUCAAUCUGGACAGCCAUCGAAACGUGAUGAUGCGUCUGAAUCUUCAGCUGACAAUGGGUUCCUUCUCUCUGACAUUAUUUGGUCUGAUAGGAGUGGCUUUUGGUAUGAAUCUGACAUCAUGCUUUGAGGAGGACCCUCGGGCUUUCUGGCUGGUAACAGGCUUCAUGUUCUUGGGCAGCGGACUGAUAUGGAGACGACUGCUGUCAUUCCUGGGUCGACACUUAGAGCCCUCACUACCCACACUUAUUCCUCCAGUAUGGAAGAGAAAUAUAAAAGCGUCUGACAAGACAGGAGUCAGAUGAAGAUGACAUUGAUGAUGAUGAUGAUGAACUACCUCCUCUCUGUGAAAUGCCACUGACCUCCUGUAGAAUCUUCAGCUUUAAAGGGGAUUUUUUUCACCUCCACGGAACUCCUGAAUUCCUUACAAAGACUGGAACUCUGUUUUUCUUGUCAAACCUCAUUGUGUUUUAAUCUCCCAUGUACACAGCAGAGGUUGAGACUGUGUCCAGUUGUCUGUAGACUCAAAUGUGUGCAUUUGUAUUCCUGUUAUAUAACAUGUGGGCAGAUAGUUGCUCUGUCAUCUGUGAUUGAGUGGUAAGAGAUGCAGGCUGCACGGAAACUCAAAUGGAUAUAAAGCCAAUAACUGUGAGAACUAAUUGUCAUGCAGUAGUAAGUUCACUUAUUUCAUAGGUAAAAAAAAAGUGUUAAAAUGAAUAAAUUUUAUUGAUUUAAUUUAAAUAAAAGUUAACAAAUUAAGAGUA